AUACGUGACGUGAAUAUGGAUCGCAAAGACAGUUUAAAGGUGAAGGUGAAGAAUGUUCCACCUGAUGGAGGAUGGGGUUAUUUAGUGGCUAUUUCGGCUAUUAUAUGCUUUUCUACAACGACGGCAUUUGGAGGUUGCUUCGGGAUAAUGUACAAUGACUUCAUAACCGAGGUAUCAAUGAGUUCAGCCAGCGUCACGCUGCUCACAGGAAUAUUCUGCCUUUCUGUAGCUUUAACUGGUUUCUUCACAUCACCUCUUCUAUCAAUAAUGUCAAUGCGAUGGUUGGCGUUUGCCGCUUCAGUGGCUUUCGCUUUCGGGACCUUCGGCACGGUGAUCAUGACGACACCACUAAUGUUCUUCAUGACCGCAGGAGUAUUACAAGGUGCUGGUUUAGGCGUACUAUUCAACUUAGCUUGUACUGUAGUGAAUGAUUACUUCGUUGAAAGACGAAUUCUAAUCAUGAGUUUCGUUCAAACUGCCACAGGGGUCAAUGCCAUGGUCGCGCCGAUGUUCGUCAGAUGGUCGAUGGAGCAGUAUGGAUCGAAAGGCACGCUUCUCCUCAUUGCUGGACUGUCGCUUCACAACUUUGUGGCUGUGUUGCUGAUGCAGCCGGUACGAUGGCAUAUGAAGAGGGUUGAAGUACCGGAGAAGGCUGAACUUAAACUUCUUCUAGAAGAAAAUAAUGAUGUCAAGAAAUUGGAUACACCAGUGAUAAAACUGACUGAUUUAGAAAAUCCAACAAAGGAAGCUUUGGCAAAGGCUUUAGAGAUGCCAGAAAAAAAGAAGAGCGGUAUCAGAAAAAUUAUAGAUUCAGUAAUAGAUCCAUCACUGGUGAAGACUUAUUUAUUUUCUGGUGCUGCGCUUGGUACCGCAAUGUGUUCCAAUGCUGAUGGUAUUUACAUGGUGAUGUCGCCACAGUACUUGUAUUCCAUGAAUUGGAGUAAGGAAAACGUAGCCAUGGCAGUAACGUUGUAUGGAUUUGGAGACUUAUCAAUGAGAAUAAUAUUUACUAUGAUCUCAAAAUGGAUGAAUAAGUUAGGCGUUAAGAACAUUUACAUCGUUGGAAUCGUCAUAGCAAUUAUUUCAAGACUUGGUAUGCUAUGGUGGACCAGUAUUCUAGCCACCAUGGUGUUCUUCACACUGAUGGGCGUGGCGCACUGCUCCAUUGCAGUCCUUAUUCCCCUAGUCAUAUCUGAGAGUGUGGCGCCUGAUAAAUUCACUUCAGCCUUGGGUAUUACUUGUUUCCUUACUGGUACAUCAAGCUUGGUUAUUGGACCUGCUAUUGGUGCUGUCCGGGAUUACACUAACAGCUAUUCUACUGCUUUCUAUAUCUUAACUUCGAUGUAUGCACUUGUUGCCAUAUUGUGGCCGAUAGAACUUAUUGUUAAACACAGAAGAAGAAAACACUCAGAGAGUAAAAACUCUAGUCAAUUAAAUAAAGGUUUUGAAUGAA